AUGAUUUUGAACGAAUUCAACGAGAUGGAGGACUGUUUAGAUUACGAUGACUGGUCCUUCAUAUCCGGUUUUGAAUCAGCGGGUGAGGAGGAGGUUCAACCCUUUACAGGCAGGACUAAGACAGCGCCCGAAGUCACCAUCAGCUUUACAGCAGAACUUCUGGACCAUAUUCAAUUCACCCGUUACUGGCAACCAAGAAAUAUGAUUCCCACUAUCAUCAACCUAUCUGUUUGGUUCAAUCAACCAAGGUUCCGGAGCGGGAGAAAGGUUAAGAAAGCCUUUAGAAUGAGUCGAAGCGCGUUCAUGAAACUGUUGAUUCUGAUAAAAGACAACCUGGUGUUUAGAAAUAAUUCGCCAUGCUCCCCUCAGACCGAGGUCAUCUAUCAACUCGCUACCUAUCUGUACCAUUUAGGUAGCAAGUUAGCAGGUGGUUCACUUGAGCAGGUUGGGGACACAUUAGGAAUUGGAUCUGGUACGGUCAUAAGCUUUUGCAGACGAGUGGUUCAUGCAAUUCAUCAACUGCGAUGUGAUUUCAUCAAAUGGCCGACCGUUGAAGAAAAGAUUGCGCAUAAGCAAAGGGUGUGCGCUGCAUCAAAGAGUGUCUUUUCCAAUUGCGUUGGCUUUGUUGAUGGCACCUUCAUCACCCUUCAAUACGCCCCGUUAAAGGAUUGGUUCUUCUAUUACAAUAGGAAGGCUUCUUAUGCUCUGAACGCAAUGGUGGUCUGCAAUGAUAAUCAAAGAAUACUAUACAUCCGGGCUGGUGAUGCCUCUGCUGUUCAUGAUACGAGAGUAUAUGCCAAUUCACAGUUGUCUCAACGCUCCGAUAGUUUUUUCAACGAUGGGGAAUAUUUACUUGGAGAUUCCGCUUACACUCCUACCGAGCAUAUGGUACCUCCGUUCAAGAAGCCAAGGUCUGCAAAUUCGGAUUGCAGGUUGUUCAACGCUAUUUUGAGCUCUACUAGACGGAUCACAAUAGAGCAUGUAUUUGGUAUGCUAAAAGCGCAGUUUCCUUCCGUUACAUCUGUUCCAAUUCACAUUACUGGCGAUCGUAGCCAUCAAGAGGUAGUGGCCUAG